AAUGAAUGUUUAAGUUGGCAACACUGACAGACGUAAACAGAAAUGGUGUUUUGAUGCCUUGCUCUAGUCUAGUGAGUCUAGUCGUUUCCUUUAGGACAAAGCUGCAUUCCCUACAUUGGUAUUAGUAGCUACUAACACCACGUAUAAAAAUCGGGCCUAGGUGUUGAAAAGAUACACUAUCAAGAGAUAAACCUCGCGUGGAAGCCGGUCGAACUGGGACUACCAUGGCCUUCUUUGGAAAACUGUUCAGGACCAUCAUAGGGGGAGAGGAACAAUCUGGAAACACCGUGUGUGAAGUUGGAAUAUCAAAGUUUGCCAGAGUACAUGUUGUGAGCCGGGAGGACUGUUUGGUUCUCUAUGGUCCUACAGACACUAAUCAGUAUGAGCUGCUUCUUCAGCAGCCAGUUCAGAAUUCACUUUCAAAGGCCUAUAGCCUUUUCCGAAUGGCAGACCAGGGUGAUGCACAGAUCCGUUUCGUGACUUUGAGGGAGGUGAUUCCACUGCUGGUACGACAUAUACCACAUGAAAUCAUUAAUCAACAAGGACUACAGACAUUGUGCGACCUAGUGAGGGAUCAUCAGACCUGGACAGUAGCUCACAUUGCAGCAUACCUUGGUUAUGCUACAUUAUUCUUUCAGGCUGAUGUGGUCAGGUAUUGAAUAUUAUCUGUUUUGUGUGUGUGUCCACAUCACACAGUAUAUAGAUGUUCAUGAUUUACAAUCUGAAGAGAGAGAGAGAGAAGUAAAUUAAGAGGGAUAUAAUAUCCUAAUGUAGAUUGCAGGAAAAUGGUGUAGAAAUUGCUUGAUACCACAUUCUUGGGUCAAGUUGUGAGAAUACUACAUAUGUCAAUUUUUUGAGUACAUUUUAAAUGGUAAUUAAAAGGGAAGGAGUAAUGGUACUGGGAACUCUUUCCUCCAUAUUUUUUUUAUUCUGACAGUGAAAUAAGAUAUGAUAUCUUGUCUGG